GCUUACGUUCGGUUCGCAUUUCUAUACUCUCUUUCUUAUAUAAUAUUCUCUUUGAACGGAUCCUUAAGUUUAAACUUUUUUCACCUUUAACUUUCAAUCAUACAAUACAACUAACUUUACUUUCUAUUUCCACAAAUUUACAACUUUUAAAUUUAAAACUACGUUACAAAUUUAUAUUAUUUUAAUUCACAAAAACAAAUUGAAUUAAAAAUAUUAAACAUAAAAAAACAAAGUGUAAUCGCAAAAGAAAAGUAAAUGUUUAACAAAAACUUCCGGCCUUGUUUAAGAGUGUUGAUUUUAUUGUAUAAAACUUAAAAAUAAAAAUAAGGUUUUUAAAUUAAAGCAAUUAUAAAUUUGCUUCCGGAGACUCUAUAAAUCUAAAAGCUGAAAACCUCGAAAAAAUAAACGAUAAAAGAAAACUAUAAAAAUCAAUAAUGUUGCAAUGCAUUCUUUCAGUGGCAACACAAUAACACAAUUUUGUUUUUAAAGAAACUAUUUUAUUUUAAAGUGAAGAACUAUAAUAAACAAACCCCAAGAAAAUGAAAACAUAAAAGUCUAAACAUAAAAAUAGAUUUCGACGAGCCCUUAACUUUUUUUAUAACAAAAUCUCUACAACGAAAAUAUAUAAAACUACAUCUGCAUUAAGUUAACAACAAAAGUCAACAACAAUAAUAAUCAAAAAAACAAAAAUAUUAAUCUGCCUAAUGAAUUAACAACAUUAUUUUUUUACUUCGUUAUAAAUAUUAUUUAUCUGUAAUAAAAAACUUUUGCUCGUGCGGAAAUUUAAAAACUAAAACUUAUUUUCCCUAAUCUCCUAUAAACUCCACUAUUACAAAAAAAACAACAAGAAAAUCUUCCGCUUCCUUUUUAAUUUUAUUUCAAAAUACUCGGAGUACUUAAAAGAAAAUGCCACGCUGUUUAAUGGCUAAGAAAUGGAAGGCCUAUCCCUGGCCCGACAGGUCCGAGGAUAAAACUAAUAAUUCAUCAGCUGCACCUACACAAGUAGCAUCAUCUUCACCUAGUUCCACAACACCGGAACUAAGCAUACAGUUAAUACCAAAGAAGGAUAUUGAAACAAAAUCUCGUCGAUCGACCAUCGAUGAAGAUGAAGAAAUCGAUGUUGUGGGUGAUAAUAUUUUGGUAAAUGCCACAGCAAAUACAACUACUACUGCUUCUGCUACGGUCAUUAUUAAAUCUAGUGAUUUAAAAUUGUCAAAUACGCAAACCACUACAAAUAAUUCAACAUCUACCGCUGCAACUCCCUCCACAUUAUCAACGACGACAUCCUCAACAUCAUCAGCAUCCACUUCGUCGUCAUCAAAAUCGUCUACUACAGCAACGUGUUGGGGACCCUCAUCUCCAACGGCUGGAGCUACAGCUCCUAGUCCUCCUCCACAUUCACCAGAAGCAGCUACACGUGGUACCACUAAUUUAUAUAAUGGUUAUAAUCAUGAUAUUUCGCCUCUACAUUAUACCGCGUACCUGCCUCGUUUGGAAAACGAAGUUACCGUUAUAACAAGCACCUCAAAUUUACAUCAACAACAAGUCCCCCCUCAUCCUUACAACUAUCAAACGCCUCCGCCCUCGAACACAUCGUCACCUUCAUCGUCGCCCUCGACACGCAGUAGCAGUUUAUCUUCGCCGAGUGAACGUUUAAGUCCGCCCAUAAUACGCAUUAAAACCGAAAUAGCUUUUAACGAUGACAUCGAAGGGAGUAGUACCGAGUCGCGCAAAUGCUAUACGAGUACGGGGGCCGCACUGUCAUUGCCCCCUAAGAAGAAAGAUAUUUAUCGGCCAUAUUCGCUGGAUGAUAGACCAUCAAAUGAACGCUUGCGUUUACGACAACCGGCAGAGGAAGAUUUACAUGCAGCUCAUGCUAUAUUGGAUCUUAGCGCAUCCACUGCGUUUCAUCCACCCACACAGCCUCAUCAGUUGCAGCAACAGUCACCAGCACAACAUCAUUUAACUCACCAGCCUUUACAUCCUUUGCAUCAUAUAACCCAUGCUAUUCAGUUGCAACAACAGCAGCAGCAACAACAACAACAUCAUCAUCUGCCUGCCCAUCACCAAUUGCAGGAUGUAACACUCUCUGUAGCCACAAAUACACCCUCCAUAGCAGAUUUGGCUUUGGCGGCUAGUGUAGCGAAUGAGCAUCGACCCCGGUCUAAUUCUUCCAUGCACAGUUUACAAAGUAACUCCGAUAGUGAAAGGAAUCCCAGUUCGCCGGGUGGCAGUGUACAAAAUGAAAACAACAACACAACCAAUCAAUUUCCUAAAAAUUCUGUUGGUGCCUCUGUAAAAACUGUAGCCUACACCUAUGAGGCGUUCUUUGUAAGUGAUGGUCGAUCGAAACGCAAAAACAUUACUGAUCCUCAGGCGGUACUGCAGCAGGAACAACAAAAGGCGAAAUAUACCUGCAGUGAAUGUGGUAAACAAUAUGCCACUUCAAGCAAUCUAUCGCGCCACAAGCAAACACAUCGUUCAUUAGACUCACAGUCCGCCAAAAAGUGUCACACCUGUGGCAAAGCUUACGUGUCGAUGCCAGCCUUAGCCAUGCAUGUACUAACGCACAAACUUUCUCACAGUUGUGGUGUAUGUGGCAAAUUGUUUUCGCGUCCCUGGCUAUUGCAAGGCCAUUUGAGAUCUCACACGGGCGAGAAACCCUACGGUUGUGCUCAUUGUGGAAAAGCCUUUGCGGAUCGUUCCAAUUUAAGAGCUCAUAUGCAAACACAUUCGAUAGACAAGAACUUUGAGUGUAAACGCUGCCAUAAAUCUUUCGCUUUGAAAUCGUACCUCAAUAAGCAUUUGGAAUCGGCCUGUCUCAAGGAUGAGGCAGACAUGCAAUUCGAUAGUACCAGUGAUAGUGGUGGCAUGACAUCUCCUACUCCCACUGAGGACUACAAUAUUCCUAGUUACUCACAACAAGCACAAAAUGGUUUUAAAAUAAGUCACAUACCCCAGCCAGUACCAGCUGCGGCCGUAGUCAAAGUAGAGGCCACAUUUGCGGGUUAAACAUUAAUACAACAACAAACAUAUUGUAAGUAGUUUUUAAAGAAAGUCUAAUCUAAUCUAAAGAAAAAUAUUAAAAAUGCAUUAAGACUCAUUCAAUAUUAAAAGUACACGAAAAAAGUUACGAUUUUGUUUAACAAAAAUUUGUAAUAAUUUAUUAUUGAAAAAAGGACAAUAUUUAUAUAGACAAAGCAAAUACAAACAUUCAUCCAGAUAUUAAUUUUUAUAUACUUAUAGUUUUAGUUCAAUAUAAAUUAAGAAAAAUUAGUUCUACACUUAUUAAAUACUAAUUUAAUUAUUUAUUUAAUUUAAAAUUAGUUUAUAAUUUGUAACACAUUUAAUAACACAAGACAUCAUAAUACGUCCAUUUCAUUUUAAGCAAAACUCACAAACUUAAGAGCUGUUUGGAGCUCUUGAAUCAAGGAAAAGCAAUCUCAUAAAAAAGACUCUUAAAAAAGCAAUCUUUUAGAAUCUCUAACGACUUAAAAGCAAUCUCUAUUUAUAGUGUAUCUAGUCAUUACAUUCACUCACCACACAACUCUUUACUCACCCUCAUUAUCACUUUAAUUAUCAUCAAUCUCAUCUUACUUUUAAGUACAUCAAAAUACUCUCUUUCACAUUUCAUUCUACAUGAAAAAAUCUUAAGAAAAUCUUUUUCUCUCCAGCAACAAGAAAAGUAUUCUUAAAAAUUACAACAACGAAUAUUGAAAUUGUGAAAUCUGAAAUAUUAAAUCAACGAAAAGCAAAUGUUUCUCAAACAACGAAUUAGGCCAUAAGUCCAAAAAACCAAAAGAAUUUACUCUAAAUAUAGCAAUAUUAGAAAAUAAAAGUUAAGCAUUUAAAGUUAGAAAAGAACAAAAAACAUCGAAGACCUAUAAAACAUCCCCAAAAGCAAUACAGUUAAUUUUUCAAUACAAUAUACAUACAAUUUAAAUAUAGCAAAAUAUCUGCAAUAAACAAUUCAGUCAAUUACUUGUGUCAUUUAAAAAAAAAAAUUACAAUUAUUAGAAUCUUCUUCUUAAUUUAAGUUUGAGUUGCAUUUUAUUUCAAUAUACAAGUAUUUUUGUUUUCUCUUAUUGUAUAUAACUAGUCAAUUAUAAUUUUAAACCAAUUAUAAACCCAGUUUUCGAAACCAAAAUUUUCUUUUUUAGCAAAAUGAAACAAAUAGAUAAAAAAAUUACUAGUCGCUGUGGAACAGCAGUAAUUUAUGUUGUUAACAAUAAUAAAUAUGCUCCAAAACUUCUCAUCAAACAUUCCGAGUUAAAUUUAAGAGUAAAUUACCAGUGUAAUUUCUAGUCUUAAAACAAUGCUGUUGUCUAGUUUUAUAAAUCUUUAACAUUAAGACCUUCGUACUUUCGUUAUUGUCUUUCUUUUAAUAUCGACCUAUCUUUAUAUUUUCUCUUCUUUAAGCAAUCUCUACACUUCCUCCAUUUAUUUACGUCUUACAAGUCUGUCUUAACAUUAACUCUAGUCUUAAUUUUUUUUAACGAUUUUUGAUCUCAAAUUACUCUAUUUUUAGAUUUUAAAUUUUAGUUUAAAUUUACUUUAAAAAAUACUGUAAAAUUGUAUUGAUAUACUAAGCAUGCCCGAGGAACAAUGUUAUUGGGAAUAUGACGUAGGCACAAGUCUCAAAUGAUGCGCAUUUUUGUACUGAACUGGAAAAAUAAAAAAUAUAUAUAUUUUUGAAAUUGUUCUGAGAUCCCUACCAGCGAUUUGAAAUCCUAAUCUCAGUACAAAUUAUCAAAAAACUGUUUCAAAAUUUUACUAAUUUUAAGCUCAAGCGAGGAAAAUAAUCAUUAGUUUAUUUUAUUGUACUGACUUAUAGUACAUUAUGAGAGGCAUAUGAUAUAAAAAAAGUCGUUAAAGGAGCAAAUAAAACGCCAAAUAAUUUUGUAAAUAUUUUUAUAGUAAUAAGCUAAAAAAUAUGAAAAUUUCGACACAUAUAUUUUCCCGUUAGAGAACUGUGCCUACAAAAAAGUUAUCCACGGAACAACUGUAUUUUAUAUAUAACCGAAUUUGAUAUCCAUUCAUUUACUUACUACCUUUCAGUUCCUCUCUCAUAAUGGGCUUUCAUACUUUAAUUUAUUAUUUAACUAAAUUUCAAUUUCAUUUGAAUUUUAAACAAAACAACAAAAAAUUGUUUACUAGUUCAAUUAGGUGGAACCAAUGUUUUUUUUUAGUAAAAAAUGGCGGCCACACAGUGGGAUAAGGGUGCAAUAAAUAAAUAUUAAUAAAAUCCAACAAUUUUGGCUAUAAUAUAAUUAAAUUUUGAUGAAAAUAAUAAAGCAAACUUUUAAAAUAAUAAAUUGUAAUAUUGAUUUUCUUGUAUAUAUUAACUCUAAAAUUUACUCUUAGAUAAAUUUCGUUAUUUUUUUACAAUUUCUUUCUCAUCUUCUAUCAUUCUAAUUAUUUCUGUUAUCUAUUUACCUAUUUCUAUCGAUAUCGUUUAAUUUUAUAAACAAAACAAAAAUAAAUUUAGACGUAAGAUUUAACUCUUAAUUAAAACUGCGAAAGAGGAAACACAAACACAGUCUUAAAAGUGUUAACUCUUUUACACUCUCUCUAAACAGUUUUGACUCUCUCUAUAAUUUAUGUUCUUGUACAAAAUUGUGUCAAUUAAAUGUGUAAAAAAUUGAACAAAGUUUUUUGACUUUGUUAAAAAUAAAUAUAAUUUAGUUUUUAAAAAUAGUUUUUAGGCAAAUAUCCGGCCCCAAAUCUCUCCUUCAAAUUGAAGAACAAAAAAUGCAAGCCUGACUAGAAACCUUUAGGUGAAAACGUUAGGUAUUCUGAGUGACAUUCUUUACUUAAGCACAGUAUUUUAAACGGAUAGUUGUAAAAUUAAAAUGUUUUUUUUUUACUCCCUUCAUCCUCUCUUAGUCAUGUCAAUAGCAAUUAAACUAUUUUUUAGAAAAGUCCUUUGAGAUUUCACAGGAAUAGUCGAGUGUUCUCUAGUCACUAGAACCCCUAGCGUAAAUGCCUUUGGUUUUAUUUAUGGAAAUCUCUUAUUAUUAUUACCAAGAGGAUAUUAUAAUUUUUAAUAAAAAUCAGCUUUUAAGGCGGAUCUCAAACACAUUUUAAAACCAUAAUUUAAAUAGGGUUAGGAGAUUAUUUAAAAAUAUCUCUCCAAACAUACAGCCAGCAUAACCAAAACUAAUAACUAAUUUAAGUUUUAUUUAUUUAAACUAGGCUUAAACUCCUUAAAUAUAUUUAAUUAAAACUCGGCUAAAGUACCAAAGCAAUACUCAAAUAAAAAUUAUACAACAAUUUAUCGAAUUGUUGUUUAUAACUCUAAAUGCAAAAAAUAUAAGAAAUUUUAAAUAAUUACCAAAAUUUAUUAUACAUAUAACUCCCUAAGGUUAAUUUAAAAGCAAUUAUUUCAAUACUAUUUAUUAAAACAAGUGUAAAUAAUUAGAAUUUUAAAAAAUAAUGAAGUUGUAAAUAAAUUGUAAUUGCAAAAUUAAAAAAAAAUAACGUUUAAAAUAA